AUGAAUAACGGGGUGUCUGUAGAAUCAAUAAAAGUUGUGAGUGAAGACGAUGAUACUAUUAAUCUUGAAGGGAGAAUAGUGAUGCAUAAAGUUACUCCAGUGGGAAAAAAAGUAUCAGUAGAUUACACUAUUGAUCUUUGGGAAACACAUGAUAAUGUUGUAGCAAAGAUGUCACACAGUCUUACGCCUGAAAAAGAUUUAUAUCUAUUUGAACUUUCAAUUUAUAAAAACCCGGAUGCCCCACUCUACCUCGAAUUUGCAGUGAAAUGUGAUAUCGCAGGUUCAGUUUUUUGGACUAAUGGUUAUCAAUAUAUUUAUGAUGAAGAUUCUCAAAAAGAAUUUUUUUUCAACGAAUUUGAGCCUCAGAAUCCUACAGAUAAUAUGAAAGAAUGUAUUGUAUGCAAUGAAGAUGUUAAUCCAGAUGACAUUGUAAAAGUUACAGAUCAAUGCGAUCAUGAAGAUUAUAUGUGUCGUAAAUGUGUUAAAAAAAAUGUUAAAGAUAAUAUUUUGGAUAAUGAACUUUCGAAUAAAGGUAAUUUUGACAUUUUAUGUCCAGAUGUUGAGUGUCGCGCGGUAUUACAAGAGCAGGAUGUGAAAAAAUUUGUUAAUGAAAAAUUAUUUAAUAGGUAUGAAAAGCUCAAACUAAAUGUUGCAUUAUCAUUAAUGCCAAAUUUUUAUUGGUGCGCAAAUGAAGAAUGUGGUUCGGGGCAGUUUCAUGACGAAGGAGAUGCAGCGCCAAUAAUGACAUGUACUGAAUGUAAGCGAAAGUCUUGUGUAGUACAUAAACUCCUAAUCGACACUAAUCGGUUCAGUUGCCCCGAAUGUGAAAGUGAAAGAAAUGAACCGGUAUCACCAUCAAAUACGCAAAAUGAGGCGGAAGGAACAGUUGUUAAAACAAAAAAAACUUAUUUUUCGAAAUUUAAAAGUUUUAUAUAUGAUAAGAAAAAUGAUGAACCAUCACAGGCUUUAAAGGAAAUAGAGAUUGAAGAAGAAAAUACAAGGUUGAAAUUAAAAAAAUUAGAUGAACUAAAAAAAGCCGAAAUGCGCAAGCAACAAGAAGAAAAACGAAGAUCUCUUAUAUUACUGAAACAAGAGAAGAAAACUGAAGCAUAUAUGCAGCAAUUAAAACAAUGUCCUGCGUGUAAAAGUAGAAUUCAGAAAAGCGGUGGAUCUGAUAGAAUGAAUUGUGGAAACCCUACAUGUAGACAUGAAUUUUGUUGGAUGUAA